AUGAACAAGGUUGUGCAAGAUCCUCGCAACAUUUCCACUGCUGCAAAGAUCACGUUUAUCAAGAGCCGCCGCCACCUUCUUCUCCAGGCUCCGUUCAAUUUAGUCUUUGAAAGGUUGAAACAUUUCUUAGAUGAAGAGGACAUAUCAAAGAUUAGUUCUCUACCGGAGGAUCGAAAAAAACUAGAGGGGCUUCUGAAUACUUUGCCAAGCAAGCCUUAUAGGUACGAGAAGUGGUACCUAGAAAUCUUGUUGCUACUGCAAGACUGCUCACAAGGAGGUUUGGCUGAGGAAUUAGAGAGUAAAACUGACUUGCGCGGGCGUCUUGACCGAGUUCAAGUUAAGUUUUACAGCAUCCAAAACAUGGACGCCCUGAUCAAAGGCUUGCGAGAGAACGGAACUAUAGGUAAUAACGACUGCAGAACCCUCAAAGAUAAAUCGAAAGGGUCAAGACAACAGGAUGCCUUAAAUCUUUUGGAAAUUCUGAGAAGGACGGAUGGGAGAGAUCUGCCACUCAUUUGCAGCUGCCUCUGUAACCUGGGGCACAGAGGCAUUGCAGAAGCCCUUCUUCACUCCUCAUCAGAGGAACUGAUGGACUAUCUUCAAGAAGCGGAGCAUCUGCAGGGAGGCCGGAUACUGGAUGCGCUAGAAAACCUGCGAGAAAGCCUUGGUAAAUCAAUUGAACAGUGGAAUAUGCUGAAUAAACGUUUCCAAGACUCAAAAGUAGCCCGAACGGAUCCGCGACUGCUCGAAAAAAUUGAAGAUAUGAGUCUAGAGAUGAAGAAGCUUGCGUCAAACCGUGAAGAAGAUAACAAGAAAGUUCAAGAGUGUAGUCUGCGGUCCGGAGGAUGGGAGCUCGCGGUCCGGAUCCGGACCGUGGUUCGCAUGCUGGGCAGCCCUGCCCUAGUAGCAUAUAACAUUGAAACAACAUUGAUUCGCAAUCCCGAUGUUGAGCCGGCGUUGAAUCAAUGUUAUGUGCUGCUAGGGUAUAGGCUCCCGGAUCGGCGCAUGUGUAGUCUGCGGUCCGGAGGAUGGGAGCUCGCGGUCCGGAUCCGGACCGUGGUUCGCAUGCUGGGCAGCCCUGCCCUAGUAGCAUAUAACAUUGAAACAACAUUGAUUCGCAAUCCCGAUGUUGAGCCGGCGUUGAAUCAAUGUUAUGUGCUGCUAGGGUAUAGGCUCCCGGAUCGGCGCAUGAUCGUCAUGGCUAAGAACAACAUAGCCAAGGAGCUACAAGCCAAGACGAAACUCUACACUCAAGCUGAGAAGAAGGUGGAGGAACUGACUUUUCAAAAGCAGGAGCUUGAGCGUGAACUGCGCGAUGUGAAGUUUGAGUUGGAGAACAUGAGAAAGCAAAAUGAAAUGCUUCAGGAAGAAAAUGAGAAGCUCAAGAUGAAUGUUGAGGACUUGAAGGAGGAAAUGGAAGGGGAAAGAGAUGCCAGAGAGAAGUUGCACUUGAAGGAAGUUCAGUCAGCGAUGGAGACAAAAUUAUUGGAUUUGGUGGAAAACGCGCUCAGACAGUGGGAGAUGAACGGCACCAUACUCUUCGAGGGAACGCUCAAGAACUUCGACGACCGGCUCAAGGAAUUCAUGACUAAGUUCCAGCAGGCGCUUAAUGACUGGAUAAAGGAGUUAACUCCAGCACAGAUGCAGUCCAAAAUGCAGGGCCUCACCUGCAUCGAUGCCCAACUGGAAUCCCAACUCCAGUCACAUUUGUCGGAGGGUUAUCUCAAGAGCAAAGUCUGCCAGUCACCACUUACAUCAAGCGUGCCAGAACUGAAGGAAAGGAUCGCUGCGGCCGCUGCCAGCGUUUCGCCGGACAUGCUGCAACGGGCGCUACAUGCGAAAUCACCCGGAUCUCUUCUCAAAUCACGCAUGGUGGCCAGGGUUAAAAACGAGAGUGGAUGGGAGGGGCUUGGAGUCUUCUCUCUCGACAUUCUCAAUAGCUCCUUUCUUCCGGUCCUGAAUGAAACAUUCAACAAUGGCAAACACAGGGAGAAGGUGAAUGUGAAAAAUGGAGUUUGGGGAGGCAUAGAGGAGACGGUUUUUCUUUUUAGGGAAAGGAGUACAUUUACCGUGAAACUAGCAGAAUACCCUAAGAGCACUCCCAGUCUUGAUCAAUGCAUCCCAUGUUUACCAUACGUUUCAUCCCCUUUCCAUUUCUCCUCCGACACUUGCCUGAUCUCUUGUUCCUUGCCUGGGAAACGAUUCUAUCUCUUCGGAGGAGACGAUGGGAAUGCAACCCAAGUCAUCAGGAGUCAUUCAAAGCCCAGGGAAAUGUCGGGCGCAGGAGUGUUCAUUGCAGAAGAAGGAGGGACAUGGCUCACUCUUCCCCAACUCCCAGAGAGCAUAGCCAUGGCAACAGGGGCUUCAUUAGAAGAUGGAUCUUGCCUCAUUUUCGGCGGAGUGGACUGGAACGAGCGGAAAAUUCUAAAAACAACAUACAUGUUUGAUCACCGCGAAGGAAAUAUCUAUAAACAACUUCCUGAUAUCCCCCAACCUGUUUGUGGGGGUGCGGCGACUCUUUGGAAGGGAAAACACGUCAUCCUCAUUGGUGGAAUCACAGCAGAAACAGAAACGUCCUCCCAGGCGUGGGCGUUCGAUCUGAGAGCACAGCGAUGGGAAUUCCCAUCUACCUUGCCCUCUCUCAACACCCCAAGGUCAAAUCUCGGCCUAGUCGAGGACUCUCAGGGUCAGCUCAUCGCCAUUGGAGGAUAUGCAAAUGAACAUAUGAUUCUCCAGCCCUACCAGUCCAGCGGUACACCCGUGCAGACGCAAGAGGUUUUACAGGAGCUGGACGGGAACGCCACUUUCUGUGGGAGAGAUACUACUGAUUCUGAAGCAGUACGGGCCAUUUCCAAGAACUUGUUCGACUUCAGCACAGAAUGA